GCUUUGCUAGCUUCUUUUUGUGAUUCUUGAAUUGCAUUUGCAUGGCAGCACAAGUAUUGCAGAUACCAAAUAAUUAUAAUCUUCUUGCUUCAGCUCUCAUAUUCUUCAAGAUUCUUUAAUCUUCAUACAUUGAGGUCAAAUAAUGGAUGAAACCCCACCUCAAGUUUCAAAUAGUUACAAAUAUGGGGACCAGAAGCAAAAUAAACCCACAAAAAGAAUAAGAAAAAACAGGUACGAUCCUGAUGAAGGUGGAGAUCUGAUAGAAUGUUCAGGCAAGUUCUGUAAAUCAUGUACCGGUGGAUUAAUAGCCGAUUGCGUAGCGAUUUGUUGUUGCCCUUGUGCUCUACUUCAUCUUCUAGCUCUUGCUUUUGUUAAAGCGCCAUUUAUGAUCGGUAAAAAGUGUUUCAGAAGAGUAAAAAAGAAGAAGAGAAAUAAAUUAUCUUCCAAUCUUCAAGUUUUAACAGCACAAGGUGGUGAUAAUUUGGAAAAGAUAAAGAUAGAAGAUGAAAUUUUGGAAAUUGUAAAUAGUGGAUUCAAUGGUGGUGAGGAAGAUGAUGAUGGUGGUGGUGGUGUUAGUGCAAGAUUUGAAGCUGUUGAGAAGGUUUGGUUAGAGUUUUAUCAGAAUGGUCAUUUGGGUUUUGGUAGGGUUUCUUUUACUGGUAUUCAAUGAUAUGUAAUGUUUUAUUCUUUUUUUUUUUAUAGUAAUAUUAUAUACA